AUGAGCGUACGCACGGUCGAAGUGAAGCCAUUCACCGAUCAGAAGCCUGGAACAUCUGGCCUCCGUAAGAAGGUCAAGGUCUUCCAGCAGCCCAACUACAGCGAGAACUUCGUCGCCUCGAUCCUGCUCUCCAUCCCCGAAGGCGUCAAGGACUCAUAUCUGGUCAUUGGCGGUGAUGGCCGUUAUUACAACCCCGAAGUCACGCAGCUCAUUGCAAAGAUUGGUGCAGCAUAUGGCGUGAAGAAGCUCUUGAUCGGCCAAGAUGGCAUCAUGUCUACACCAGCAGCAUCACACUUGAUUCGCAUCAAGAAGGCUACGGGUGGUAUUCUGCUCACUGCUUCCCACAACCCAGGUGGUCCUACCGAGGACUUUGGCAUCAAGUACAACCUCGCCAACGGAGCUCCCGCACCAGAAAGCGUUACCAACAAAAUCUACGAGACUUCCAAGACUCUCACUUCUUACAAGAUCGCCGACAUCCCCGACGUCGACCUCUCCACCAUUGGCACCAAGACAUACGGCCCACUCGAAGUCGAGAUUGUCCACAGCACUACCGAUUACGUUGCAAUGCUCAAGGAUAUCUUCGACUUUGACUUGAUCAAGAGCUUCCUCAAGCAGCACCCAGACUUCAAGGUUCUUUUCGACGGCCUGAGCGGUGUGACUGGCAACUACGGUGUGGACAUUUUCGAGAAAGAGCUAGGACUUGCCGGUAGCACACAAAACUGUGUGCCAAAGCCGGACUUUGGUGGUCAUCACCCCGACCCCAAUCUCGUAUACGCACACUCGCUGGUCGAGCGUGUUGACCGCGAGGGCAUUCACUUCGGUGCUGCCUCUGACGGUGACGGUGACCGCAACAUGAUCUACGGCGCCAACUCUUUCGUCUCCCCUGGAGACUCACUUGCAAUCAUCGCUCACUACGCCGAGCUGAUUCCAUACUUCAAGAAGCAGGGUGUCUACGGUCUUGCUCGCUCCAUGCCUACGUCCGGUGCUGUUGAUCUCGUAGCCAAGAAAAAGGGUCUUGAGAGCUACGAGGUCCCCACCGGCUGGAAGUUCUUCUGCGGUCUCUUCGACUCCAACAAGAUGAACAUUUGCGGUGAGGAGUCGUUCGGUACUGGAUCCAACCACAUUCGCGAAAAGGAUGGUCUCUGGGCCGUUGUCGCAUGGCUGAACAUCAUCGCUGGUGUGGGUCAGGAGAAGGGCGAGACUCCAUCAAUCAAGAGCAUCCAGCACGACUUCUGGAACAUCUACGGCCGCACAUUCUUCACUCGUUACGAUUACGAGGGUGUUGAGUCUGAGGGUGCCAACAAGAUGGUCGCACACAUGCAAGAGCUCAUCACCACCAAGCGCGAUUCAUUUGUUGGAUCGACUGUUGCCGGGCGCAAGGUUAUCGAAGCGGACGACUUCAGCUACACCGACCUUGAUGGUUCCGUCAGCAAGAACCAGGGCAUCUACGUCAAGUUUGAUGAUGGUAGCCGAAUUGUCGUCAGACUUUCGGGUACUGGAUCUUCGGGCGCAACCAUUCGCUUGUACAUUGAGAGGCACGAGUCGGACCCCAAGACAUAUGGAUUGGACGCUCAGGAGUACCUGAAGGAGAAUGUCAAGAUGAGCGUGGAGUUGCUCAAGCUGCAGGAGUUUAUCGGACGUGUUGAGCCUGAUGUCAAGACCUAA